AAUGUGAGUUUUCUUUCUACAAUGAAAAUUAUUACUAUUUUCACACUGUUUUUGUGUGUACCAUGUACAGUCUGUGAAGCCCUUUGAGGCAAAUCUGUGAUUUGUGAUUUUGGGCUAUAUAAAUAAAAUUGAUUUGAUUUGUAUAAAAAAGUUUUUUAAAAAUGGUAAAUUUUCCAUAGAUACCUGUGUCUUUUGUUUGUAUUUUCGGUUCCUGGCAGCUUUAUACUUUGUUAACUAAAAUAAAAUGAAAAAUCAGACUGAUAGCCAAGUUUGUGUCGAGAAAAAGGAGCCAUGCAUGUGAUGUAAGGACAGACUGAAAGAUGCUAACAGGAAGUUGACAAAUUUGAACCAAAAUCUCCUGGACUUCAGAGGUUUAAGAGAUAAAGCUGAUUACAAACAACUGUUUCUCAAUUUACUUCCUCCUUCUCUGACUCAUGUCUUUGCCUCUGCCCUGAGAGCAAACAUGACUUUGAACCUACUGUAGGUCAUAACAUACAUUACUGCGUCAUUACUGAAAUAUAAUGCCUCUACUGAGUAGAAGCAGCAUUAUCUGCUGUACAGAUGAGUAAAGUGAGCAGAUUGUUGCGCAAGAGAGUCAAGUUACAAAAAAGGAGCAGCGUGAAUCCAAACUGCUUUCUGUGAGAUAACUGACAGGGUAAAACUGCGGCUGUGUACCAGUGAGGAGGAGUUUAUGGAAAACGUCUCCGUGAUUCAACUUCCUCCAGCUAAUUAUGGGCGGUGCUUCACAACUUCUCUGAAAGGUGUGGUGGCGAUUUUGUCAGUCUGUGAAAUUCCUCCUGUCACAUCAAUCCUAAGUUGAAGACUUGUCUCUACAACCACAACCAUGUCUGUUUGGGAUGACUUGGACCUGCUCUUGGACUCCCCCUCCUCACUAACUGUGACAUCCAGUGCCAGAGGAACAGUGAAGGACAAGGCAAACUUUAAAAUGGAAGAAGAUGCAUCUGCAUUAAGGAAAGCCAUGGAGGGCCUUGGCACGACAGAAAAGACAUUAAUUGAGGUGUUGACCCAAAGAACUAACGCUCAGCGUCAACUCAUCGCAAAGGCCUAUGAGAAAGCCACAGGAAGGAAAUUAGUAGAUGACCUGGAGGGAGACACCCAUGGAGACUUUGAGGAUUUGUUAGUUGCCUUGGUAACACCCCCUGAAAUCUAUGACUGUCAGGAAGUCAUCAGAGCCAUCAAGGGAGCAGGGACCACUGAGAGCACACUGACAGAAAUCUUUGCCUCCAGAUCUAACAGACAGAUCAAAGCCUUGUCUGAAGCAUACCUUGCAGAAACUGGAAAAUCGCUGAUCCAUGAUCUGCAGUCGGAGGUAUCUGGAGAAUAUGGCAAAGCACUGCUCAUCUUGGCAGAGGGGAAGAGAGACGAGAGCACCAAUGUGGACAAAGCCAAAGCUACAGCUGAUGCUAAGGCGCUCUAUGAAGCAGGGGAGAAGAAGUGGGGAACUGAUGAGGAUAAGUUUAUUGACAUCUUGUGCCACAGGAGUAUUCCCCAGCUGCGACAGACUCUGGUAGACUACAAGACGAUUAGUAAGAAAACUCUGCAAGAGAGCAUUGAGAGUGAGAUGUCUGGAAACCUGGAGAAGCUGCUUGUGGCUGUUGUAAAGUGUGUGAAGACUGUUCCUGCAUACCUGGCUGAGAGGCUUUUCAAGGCCAUGAAGGGUGCGGGGACCACAGAGUCCACUCUGACCAGGAUAAUAGUCAGUCGCUCAGAGAUUGACCUGCUGGACAUCAGAGCAGAGUACAAGAAGCUGUUCGGAUGUUCCCUCUACUCCCAGUUAGAGUCUGAAGUGUCGGGCAGCUACGGUGACGCCCUAAAGCAUCUAUGCGGCCAAGACAACUAGCUCCUCCCUCCUCCUGUGAUGAGAAACAUGUGGUGUGAAGUGCAGCUGGGAAGAACCGCAGCCAAUGAUGAGGACGACCAGUCGCUGACCUUUCGCAUAGCAUAUUGAUACACUUGCUUGAACUUUGCUGGAACUAACCAUAUAGAAAUGCUUUUGAAUGUGGAAUGCCAGUAAUGUUCAGCCAGACUGAAUGAUUUACACACACAGUCUUAUGUACUAUGGACAUGAAGAAGCUGUUGAACGUCUUUUUGAAUUUAUAAACCUGAUUGUAUUCAAUGUGA